AUGGUACGCAAAGCAAUUGGGAUCUCCAAGACGGGGGCCAAGCAAACUCUGCUGCCACCCGCCCAGCGCAAGCAGAUUUUCCUCCCCGAAUUUACAAUUGCCCUUGUCCGAACCCCCUACCUCUCUCCCCGCUAUGCGCAAUUCCGCGUCCCCCUCAACUUCAACAAGCUCGACAUGCGCGAUUACCUCCAGCGCCUGUACAAUGUGGGAGUCGUUAGAAUCCGCAGUUACAUUGAACAACAGCCUAUUACCCGGGUUACACGGGACGGUCGCACUCUGGGCCAGUGGCGUCGACCGAAGUCUGAGAAGCGGAUGACUGUUGAGCUUCGGGAUGAAUUUGUUUGGCCCCAGGAGCCAGAGGAUCUGAAGAAGUGGGAGAAGGAGGCCUGGGACUCAACAAACAAGGCCCAACAAGAGGCACAGAAGGCCGGUGCCCAGAAGGGUGAUGCAUCCCAGAAGCCAGAUAAGGAGUUGCGCGAGGCAUUCAAGAAGCAGGCGGAGGAGCUGAAGGGUGAUAAGCAGUCCUGGCAGCCAACCUGGAAGACACUAGGCCUGGAUUUCGCGCACAAGGAAUUUGCUAACACCACGGGCGGAGGUUUCAAGAAUCCGAAAUGGAUUACCCUCCCCAAGAAGCGCUAA